AUGUUUCGUUUAAGUAGUAAUGAAAGUGUUAAGAUAAUUAUUCUGUCUGCUAUUAGCUUUUUUCUAACUCAAUGUGCUGAAAUUUGUUUAAACCCAAGUUUAAAGUGCAUCGGUUGUCCAUAUUACAAUGAUUUUUUAGACGGCAGAGAUGAAUACGUAACAGCAGCAAUGGACACAAAUUCGGAAAUUCCUUACGGUACAAAAGUUUGCAUCCCAGAAUUGAACCAACAUUUUAAGCAGUACAUACCCAUUCAGGUAAGAGAUUAUAGCCCAGAUCUAGAAGGUGAAGGCCACUCGAGUCUAGAUAUUUGCGUACGCGGCGAAAGUGACAGUUAUGAUUUUGCUGUCAACCGUAUGGUCACUCUCUACAUUCGUGAAGACCCCCAGAAUGUCAGCAACGAACAACAAUAA